UUAGGUACGUGCGUAUCUGGCUAUUUACGGCACCGAUUUAUAAGUAAAAAACUGUGACCGUUUUUUUCACAGCGUGCUCGAAGUCGGUGUGUGCAUCAUGGGACCUAAAAAGAAAACAAAUCUAUUUUAUGGUAAAGCUAAAUCUUAUUUAGUUUGUAAUUUUCCAAUACCAGCUCAUUUAAAUAUGGGCUGUAGAAAUGGACAUGUACUGCAUAUAUUGGCAACUAACAAUGAUUCAUACCAAGUAACUGUAGAACUAAUCAGUAAGUAUUUUAACAUCAACAUUUUUCCCAAUCAGAUUCUGCAACUAGUUAGAAAAUCAAAAGUCUUUGUAAAAGCUUUUUCAUGAAAUUCAAAACAAUUUAUUGACAUCUGCAACAUGCUCUUUGAAUACCAACCAACAACAUCUGGUGUGACUCAAACAUCACAGUUAAUCACAGCCUCUAAUCACAUAGCUACGUGUUCUUCAUUUUUUUCUCAGCAAAUCGCUGUUUCGUCUCUAUCAAAUAGUGACUCUUCUCAAGAAUCAUUAUCCAGGUUGAGAGCUGACCAGGUUAGUCCCAGGAAAAAGGUUAUGAGAAAGAGAUUAACCAUUUUGGAAAACGAAAUCGCAAUUAAAAAGAGAAAACAUAAAGAAGAUCUUAAAGGUUUAAGAGAAAAGGCAAGAGCUAGACCAUACAGAUUAAAAUAUCUAAAUCAAGUUAUUGCUCGUAAGGAAAAGAUAAUUCAUCAACUUAGAAAAAAAUUAAAAGAAAAUUUUUUAAAUAUACAGUUAAAAAAACUUCAAAAUCAAAUUUUUUAUUUGAAACAACAGUUAACAUUCACCGAAACCAAGUUUUUUAAUCAAAAGACAAUGUUAUCCCAACAACUUGCUGACAAAAAUUCUGCAAUUCUUGUACUUCAAAAUGACAUACUGGUUUUACAGGAAAAGUUUGAAGAUAUUCAGCAAGUAACACAAAACACCAAAAAUAAAAAAUGCUACUCAGCAGAUAUCAGAACACUUAUAUAUGACAUGCUUAUGUGCCAAGCUCCUACACAUAGUGUGCCAUCUCUGCUCCAUAAAAUUGGAGAACAUACUGGCUAUCAAUUUAGUCAAAUUCCACAUCGGACAACUGUAGAACAAAUGAUGCGUGAGCUUGGUGUUCUUUCAGACUUACAGACUGCUGAGAUAGCAUUUACAACGAAAGAUCUGACACUUGGUUUUGAUGCAACAACCCAGGAGGGUGUUCAUGUAAAUGCUGUGCACUUAACAACCGAAUCAGUAUGUAUGGUUGUAGCUAUUGAUCAACUUCCUGGAGGUACAGCUUAUGACUAUCAGAGUCAUAUUACAAAAUCUGUUGAUAAUCUUGCUAAGUUAUAUAGUGACUUCUACAAGCUUAAAUACACUGAUGUAAAAAGCACUAUUAUCGGGAACAUAACAAAUACCAUGAGUGAUAGAGUUGCAACAAACCAUGCAACAGUCUCAAAGUUAAACCUAGUUUGGCAGAAAUCAUUAAAUGAACUUAACUGUCACCUUCACCCCUUGGACACAAUGACAAGCUCUUGCAAGUCUUCACUUAAAGCAUUAGAGACUUCAAAAGGGAAAUUUUUUGGAAAAGACUGCAUAGCAGCAAACAUUGUUGUACAGCUGAACAAACUUCGUUACAAGGAUGCUAAAGGCGAUCCAAAGGGUUUUGUAACCUUUUUGGACCAACAUGAGUUGCCCAGAGGAUUGCUACCACGCUAUAGAGGGAACAGACUACAUAUACUUUUUCACACAUGUGGUAUUUUGAUCCAUCAUUAUGCCAUAUUGAAGAUAUUUCUGUGUUCUGGCUUGGCGUUAUGUGGAGGUCUGCGAAAUAGUUUGUUUCAAGACUUUACAUCUGAAAUAGAUAUACCACUAUUAUUUACAAUAUUAUAGGUUAUAGAAUGCAUCUUUAUAACAUAGUAAUGACACAUGAUUAACAAAGAAUAAAGACAAAUUUUAUUUUUUGUUACUUAUUAACUAAUUUACCUUAGGUAUCUGUGAGUUGUGUGUUUUAGCUUUAAUUGGAAAGCUACUUUCUGGCCCUUGGAUGACAAAAUUUUAUAUUGCACCAGAUACAGGACUUGACUACAUAUCUGGCAUUCAGGUAGUAAAAGAUGUUAGGAACACUCUUAUUGAGAGCAGCAAGAAUCCCUUAUCUCUACUUAAACGAAAAACUGAUUUCUUUGGUAAUGAUAUUAAAGAUGUUGUUUUUGAUUCAAUAAUCAGCUUUUGCCCAGUAACUAAUGAAAUGAGUAAAGCAUUAGGUGACUGUCUUAAUGCUGUUAUUAGCGUCAUUGACAGGCAGUACAAGCGUCAGUUCGAAAUGAGUUCUAAUGAUCUUCUUAAAGACCAGACUAAGUCAGCUAGGCUUCACAACAUUGAUUCAGAAGAACUUUUGGGUAUGUUUAGCGCUGCAAAGCACAAAGCUCCUAAUGCUACUCUUUGUUUUCUUUCUUCGAAACUUCGUGCUUCCAAAAAUAAAACAACUGCUCUGCUUUGUAAAAACAAGUUGAUAUUAUAUAUUAUUAUCUCUAAUGUUAGGAAAAAUCGAUUUACAAGUAUGCAAUGUCAUAAUGAACUGAAGUUAGAACUGCUAAAGCGAAUGGCGGUAAAAUUCAGAAAAGGGAGGACAAAGACCGCAGAAAGGCAGAAAAAAUAUUAAAAAGUAGCAUGCCCGAUCAGGUAAAAGAAAUGUUUCCUGACCUAGAAAAUAACGAGGCCUCAGAUAUUGAAGAAAUUCUUAUUGGAGCUGCUAUUGGAAGAAGUAUUUGCCACAUGUGGUUCGAUAAUGCCAAUAACACCCAUGAGGUAUAUUACGGCAAAAUUGUUAGCAUUAAAAAGAAGAACAAUGAUAUAUAUAUAUAGUUUCUUAUUGGAAACCAAAAGAAAAUGAAGAUGAUGACGGUGUUGAGUAUGAUAUGAGCAAAUAUCAACUUUCUGCAGACAUAAUAAGCGGUGAUAUGGUGAUAACAUAACAGAAUUGUGUAAUAAUAAGGUAGUCGGGUAGUUACCGACAUCCAACAACCAGGGUUGACCUGGUUACAACGUGCUAUGGGAAACCAAAGCUCGUUUACUUUUUGACAUAAGCAAAUUGCUUGGCUUAUGACAAAAAUAAUGUUUAUCAUUGAUGUUUUUCAUUAUCAAUGAUGGCAAUGCAUUUUUCUAUCAAGUAUAACAGAGUUUCGCUUGCGUGGAUUGAGAGAUGUUAAACAGUAUUGAAGGGUCGGCUAUCGAUUUUUUUGUUUGGUAAUGGGAAGUUUGUUGUGUAUCAGGAGUUAAGUGAUUUUGAAUUUUUUAACUUAAUAAAUCAUUCUCAUAUUUAGUAAUCUCUAAUGGGUUUUUCAGUUAUGGUGCUAAAUAUCUAAUGCAUUUUCAUUUAUUUUUUAUUGCAAGGUUUUAACAAUAAUGGCAAUUUGCUACUGUGGAUAUUUAUGUUAAAGACCUCAAGAUUAUAUUUAUUAAUUCAGUUAAACAUCAUGAUGAAAACUACAUGGUUGCUUCAGUGGGUGUUGAUCUUUUUCAUAUCAAGAUUAAACCGAUAUUAUUGGAUGUGGUUUCCUUUGCGUACUAAAGAAUCGACUCUUUCUAUCUAUGGAUAUCACAGUUUUGUUUGCUUCAAAAUCUAGGCUUUUUUCAAAGCUUUCAAAUUCUGUUAAUAACAUUACUGAGCAAAAAAGAAUUUUUUUUGUUAAA